AUGCUGGCAUUAAAUACACUUUCUAAUAAUCAGAAAACACAACUCAGAACAGCAUUUACCUUAAUAGAUGGCGAAUCAAGAGACUCAGUAAUAACGAAACAAGAUUUGAUUAAUUUAUAUAAGACGUUGGGAAUGAAAAUGCCUUCCGAUAAACAACUAGAUACGAUGCUAACGGUAGACGGAUCAUCAAAAAAAGAAGACAAGGGUAUAAAUUUCACCCAGUUUCUGCAAAUAAUGGCCAAAGAAUUGCUGCAGUUUGAAGAUAGAGAAACCAUAUAUAAUGCGUUGAAAGUAUUUUCCGAUGACAAAGAUAGUAAGGAUCUUGCUAUUGACGUUGAACGGUUAAAAGAGGCGUGUUGUUCUGUUCAACUCGGCGAAAUCGGGUCUGGUGAUCACAGACUCUCGAGAGCUACGUUUGAUAAACUAGUAGAUGGGUUUGUUAAGGAACAAAUUGAUGGACGCAAAACUUUUCUCGCUUCGAAAUGGAUCGAUACCUAUAUUGACUGA